GGGGAUUCCCCGCCGCCCCGCUGCGGGACCGGCUCCUUCCCCCCUCGGUUGCCCGCCUCCUCCGCUUGCCGACACCCAGGCGCGCCCGCUCGGCCCCUCCGGGAUUCCUGCCUUGUCUCGGGAUCGGAACAUUACCUCUCCGCCUCUCCGCCGACCUCAGGACAACAGUGCAGAGAAGAAGGCAGCCACGAUGCCCGACUCGCCGGCCGAAGUGAAGACGCAAUCCCGCUCCACCCCACCCAGCAUGCCACCCCCACCUCCAGCCGUCACCCAGGGAGCCUCACGCCACCCUUCCUUCACGCCAAACACAAAUCGAGAAGAUGGGCCUCCGACGUUUCUGCCUCAUGGCCGUUUUCAUGGCUGCUUGAAAUGGUCUAUGGUCUGUCUUUCUAGAGCGAGCGAGAGAGCGAGUGGGAGCGAGAGCAAGCCUGAGAAUACACGGGAGAGGCAGGGCUGCUGGCUUCCGAGACGACCCAAACCCGGCGGGCGAGUGAUGAAUGGGAGCAGCCAUUCCCCGACAGCCAUCAAUGGAGCCCCAUCCACCCCCAACGGGUUCAGCAACGGCCCGGCCACCUCCUCCACGGCCUCGCUGUCCAACCAGCAGCUCCCGCCGGCCUGCGGCGCCCGGCAGCUCAGCAAGCUCAAGCGCUUCCUCACUACCCUACAGCAGUUUGGAAAUGACAUCUCGCCCGAGAUUGGGGAGCGGGUCCGUAGCUUGGUGCUGGGGCUCGUGAAUUCCACCCUGACCAUUGAGGAGUUCCAUUCCAAGCUUCAGGAAGCCACCAAUUUCCCUCUGCGUCCAUUCGUCAUUCCCUUCCUGAAGGCCAACCUGCCCUUGCUGCAGCGAGAGCUCCUCCACUGUGCCCGCCUGGCCAAGCAGACCCCGGCCCAGUACCUGGCCCAACACGAGCAGCUCCUGCUAGAUGCCAAUGCCUCUUCUCCGAUCGACUCCUCCGAGCUUCUGCUGGAAGUCAAUGAGAAUGGCAAGAGGAGGACACCAGACAGGACCAAAGAGAACGGGUUGGACCGAGACCCGCUGCAUCCUGAACACCUCAGCAAACGGCCUUGCACCAUGAGUCCGGCCCAGAGGUACAGCCCCAGCAAUGGGCUGAACCAUCAGCCCAACGGGCUGCCCCACCCCACCCCGCCCCCACCCCAGCACUACCGCCUCGAGGACAUGGCCAUGGCACACCACUACCGGGACCCUUACCGCCACCCGGACCCCCGCGAACUGCGGGAACGCCAUCGACAAGCCGCUGUGCAUGGCUCGCGGCAAGAAGAAGUGAUAGACCACAGACUCACAGACCGAGAGUGGGCGGAGGAGUGGAAGCACCUCAACAAUCUCCUGAACUGCAUCAUGGACAUGGUGGAGAAGACUCGGCGCUCCCUCACCGUGCUGCGCCGCUGCCAGGAGGCCGACCGGGAAGAGCUUAAUCACUGGAUCCGGCGCUAUAGUGAUGCCGAGGACAUGAAGAAGGCCCCCAUCUCCGCCCCACCCCGUCCCCACAACAGCUCCUCCAACUCCGACACUCCCCAGCUAGACACUCACCGUGAGUUUGUGCCCCGACCACUGUCCGGUUAUAUGCCAGAAGAAAUCUGGAGAAAAGCUGAAGAAGCCGUGAACGAGGUCAAGCGGCAGGCAAUGUCGGAGCUGCAGAAGGCUGUGUCGGACGCCGAGCGGAAAGCCCACGAGCUGAUCACCACCGAGCGAGCCAAGAUGGAGCGGGCUCUGGCCGAGGCCAAACGCCAGGCCUCCGAGGACGCGCUCACCGUCAUCAACCAGCAGGAGGAUUCCAGUGAGAGUUGCUGGAACUGCGGGCGCAAAGCCAGCGAGACCUGCAGCGGCUGCAACACAGCCCGUUACUGCGGCUCCUUCUGCCAGCACAAGGACUGGGAGAAACACCACCACGUCUGUGGCCAGACCCUGCAGGGCCUCCAGGCCUCGGCCGGCCCGGCCCCGGCCAACGGCGUGGGGCUCGGAGGCGUGGGCUCCUCCCAGCCGGACGUGGUGGCCGUGGGCCCCUCCCUGACCGGGGUGGCCGUGGCCCCCAGCCCCAGCGAGACCAGCUCUACGGCCGCCUCCCGCUCCGGCACCCCGGCCACCCCGCCUGCCCCGCUGGAAACUGCGUCCCGCUAACACCCCAGAGGGGCAGGAGGCAAGGAAAACCGGCGACCUACUAAAGUCACUGCUGCUACUGCUUUUCUCCAAAAGAAAAAAAAAACAAAACAAAAAAAAAACUGCAUUCAAUGCAACUUCCUCAGCUACCUGAAGAUUCCAUUCGACCUCCAAACCACCUCUUUAUCUCUCCUCGAGUGAUCCUCACCAAGCUUCAAAACUGGGCUUUAAAGUGCAGUUGACAAAGAAAGUACAAACCUUCUUCUAUGUUAAUCUUCUCUCUGUCUCUCCCUGUGUGUCUUUCUCUCUCUCUGUCUCUCUUUCUCUCUCCGCGUGUGUGUCUCUCUGUGUCUGUCCCUCUAUGUCACACGCUCUUUUUAAAAAUUAUUUGUUGAUUUAUAUUUUUGGUGAAGAUUCUGAUUUUUUUCAAAAGAGCUAUUCAGAAAUGGACAAAAAAAAAACUGUUGUUUUUAUUUUAAUUAAUAGGGAAAAACUGAUUUUGUAGCUGGAGAUCUGUGUCGCUGAGUCAAACCGAACUGCCUGUGAGUCACGCAAAGGGCGUGUAAGGCGAGGACGGUAAGAAGGAUUUCAAUUUCCAAAUGAAGAAGAUUUUUUGGGGUUUUUUUGUCUUUUUUUUAAAUGUCAAACUCUUUGGCUUUAAGUAAAAAUCCAAAAAGAUUUAAAAAAAAAAAAGAAAGGAAGCUUACCUAUAAACUACCUUGCUAGCUAGCCAAGAAUACCAGAUACACCUCUGCUCCAAAGUAAACCCAAAAAGCAAACACAAAAAAUCCAAACUUUUCUUUUUACCACUGCCAAAGUUAUUUUUUAAUUUUAGUCGGGGCUUGUUUGUUUUGUUUUUUGUUGUCGUUUGGCUUUUUUUGGUUAGUCUUUUCAUGGAACAAGGAGCAGCACUUGUUUGUUUCAACGAGCGACAGCAACUGCUCUAUUGGUGAAACGGAGGAGCCAGCAGUGAAGAAAACCGACACUCUUCCUCCCACCCGCUGGCUCCAUUUUGCUGGCUCAGCUCUCCAUCUUUGGAUCUUCCUACUCUGCCUGGCUGAAGGACGAGCCUCGGUGGCUUCAGAGUUCAUUUCCAAACAAAUAAAGCAAAAUCAUCGCCGCAACAUAACAACCCCCCAAAAAUCCCACUACUGUGUGUGUGCGUGUGUGUGUGCGCGCGAGCAUGCAUUCCGGAGGGUGUCUGUGCGUGUGGGUGUUUGUAGGGGAAUGAUACCCCUGUCUUUUUUUUUUCCCCCAUGCCCUCUAUGGAUUAUCGACACAUUGAAUUUUUCCUAUGAUGAAAAAAGUGCUAAAGCGUUCCUUUCCAGAGAGAGCUGUUGUUCUGAAACCAAACUGUGACAAUCUUUUCGGUUGAUUCUUGACUGCUUUCCGGAGCACGAGCAGAGAGCGACUGCACCAGUACCUUCCACUUCUUCUGUUAUUCCUCUACCUCUCUUCUCUCCAUUUCCCCCACCCCUUCCUUGGUCACAGGAUCACCUUACUGCUGGGCUCCUUUCUUCCAAACUUUUGCAGGAAAAAGAAAGCCAACCUUUGUAGUCCACCCCCUUCCACCUCCCCAUCCUCUUUAGAAGAGUAUUUUGACGGCCUGUAUAUAACCCCUGGCUUUUACGACCAGUUAUUCCCCGGAUGUUUUCUCCUCUGGUCUCGUGAUGGAGCACGAUCGGUCUUUUCAUUUUCACAUUCUUCACCCCGUCGUUCCCUUCCCCUUCCCCUUGCCCCUUUCGACUUCCACAGCUAUUUCUAGGAGGAAAUAAAGGAAAAAAGAAAAUUAACACUUGUACUUAAUGGAAGAAAGACAAUGUAGAUUUUUUUUUUUUGCAUUUUCUUGUAUCGUUGUAUAAAGUACAGAGGACGGGAGUGCAAUAUGGAGCGUGGUACGGCUACUGUAUGGGGGUUCAAAGAGACUUCCCAGCCAUGGGUCAAUAUUGUACGUUAAUGUGAAUGUAUAUAGUAUUUGCAGAGGUCCAAAUAAUGAUAUUAAUAAUAAUAAUAAUAAAGAAGAGAUGUUUGCCAAAUAAAAAUAAGACAAACCACUGAAGUAUGUAAAGUUUAGGAAAUAGGUUUUAAAAACAAAUCAUCAGUGGGGUCAUUGGGAAGCUCUAGUUUAACCAGAGUUGCAAAGGCCACUGAGAGUAUUUAACAUGAAGGAUGAAAUCACGUUUUCCCAAGUCACUGUCCGAGGGGAGUUCCGGCAGAUGGAACCCGUCUCGAAAGAGUGGGUUGGAUGUGUUGGAUUUUUGGGUUUUGAACCAUUUCCCCUGACUGCCCCCCUUCAUUUGAAUCCUUUCAAUCCCCCGCAUGUCUCUGCGUUUCAUAGAGGUUUACUUUUGUAGGUUUCAUGAGAGCAAGGGUUAGAAGUAUUUUGUUAGAACAGUUUUCAUUCUCGGGAAAAUGCAGGCCCAGGAGUUGGUUCUAUGAAGGUUUGCUAAACCUUUCGGCUUUUUUUCGGUUUUCUUCUCCCUAGCGGUAAGCCUGUUAACCGUCUAGAGGCGUAGACGAAUCGGACACAGGACGCCCUCCCCCUAACCCCCACCCUCUGUGCACUUCAACCCCACCACCACUACCUCUCCUGGUUAACCUCCCGCUGUCUCUUCUUCUUCCCUCUCCCUUUUUCCCCUCCAUCCCUUUCUGUCCACCCACCCCACCUUACCGCCCGGCUCAUUGCGAAAUUGCCGACGGCCCCCAGCCAAUUUUGGUUGGGUUGGGAGCUGGGAUGAUCCCUCCCAGCCCUCAAGUUUGCAAACUGGGUUUCGGUUUCUCGGUUUCAAAAGAGCACAAGGUAGGAUCGGAGGUGGAGAAAUGGCCACACGGUCUCCGGUCUGGUGGGCUAGACAGUACCUCCUUCUGGAGAGGAACUGAGCGGCUCGCGUGGCUAGUGUCGGAGAAUGGUUCUGCUCUCAGGGAAGAGGCCAGUGAGGCUCGGUGGUGUUGGGAGGUCAGCGCCACAUCCCUGAGUCGGGAAGAUGAGACGGUACAGGGCGAGCCCCUUGGCCAAGGGUCUGUCGACGGGGUUUCCUCGGUCACCUGACUUGCUUCUGGCUCUCAGACUCAGUGGGGAACCAUUUCUCCCCACCCCCAAGAUCAUAUGCUGUCCUGUCAGGGGAGUCCUGAAGGCCCGGUGGCUUUCUGCCCUUGGUGUGGGCCAGCAGAUGAGUUUGAAAACUUCUGUCUCUCUGCUCUCACCCCUCAGCACCUCGUCCCAUCUCAAAUGGAAGAGGGGCUGGGCUCCAGGUCAGGGCUCUGCUGUCAGAUGAGCCAGACCCCCAGGGAGUCGGGCAGCCACCCUCCCUAGGACACGGGUGCUCGAGAAGGGGCCGAGUAACAACGCCAGCUGGAAAUCGCAUCCGUGCCCGGAGGAGAGGACGGAGGCUCCUGGGUGGCCGUCUUCCUCCCCGCUUCCUUAUGCUGCUGCCUCUCUUGGGUCCAAACAGAGCCUAAGGUGAAUGCGGUGGGAGGAACUGGCCUCUUGGAGAAAAGGAUUUAAAGGCCUCUCUGAGUCCGGCCUGUGGAUCCCCCUAGAGACUACCCGGACAGCAGCCGUCAUUGCUGUGUGCACAGUGUUCCUCCCCAGCACUGGUUCAGAGACCGCUCGGUGCUCUGGGACUUCCGGGGGUGCAAGAAAAUUGGUCAAGAGGGUGUGCAGGGACUCAUUGGCAACCCCCUCCUCCCCCUGCCCACCAUCUCACAGUUAGAGGAUGGGCGUGAGGUUGAUUGGUUGUCCCACCUCAGCCUGGGCCCUGGUGACCUAGGCAGGGGGUUCCCUUGAGGAAGACUUGGGUUCGCCCCAGUGACGGGGAGACCAGACUGUCACGGGGAGCGGCUAACAUCCAGUCCGGCCAGGGAUGGUGUGGGUCCGGCGAGGGUGUCAUCCCCUCUCCUCGGCCCCCCACCGCCCUGCCCCCGGACAAUCGCUGCAGUCUGGCGUGCAGUAAAUUCAGCCGCAAUCCUCACUCUGGGGCCCAACCUCGGGAACCUGCUUCCGAGGCUUCCGUGUCAAAGCUUUCCGGGUUGCCGAUCUUGUGAUGUUGAGGAUUCCAAUUGUGUUUUAAAGGCAAAAGGAAAUUUGGAGACAGCUGGUAUCUUAUGAGCCACGGUGGCCAUCCUGUUGAUCUUGCUCUCUCUCUCUGCACCGAAUGUGGUCUGUUUUUCUUAUUUCACACAGAAAGGUGAUAUAGCAGAAGUAUUUCCAAUGCCGUCCAGUGCUGCAGGGGCCCCUGUCAUUCUUAGCGUUUGGUGGUUUUUCUCUCGUGCUUGAAUCUCGGGCUCCCACCCCCCUCCAUCUGCUCAGAAACCACCUCCCCGCCACACUACCUCCAACCUGCUUAAGGACCAUAGAAGACGCGUUUUGUUUAUUUGAAAGUCACUGUUCAAGAUCCCACUCGCGAUCCAAACCAAAAGCUCUGGGAGAGACCGGUGCUCACGGAGCCCCCAGCGGAAUCCCAAACCGAAUCGACAGCUUUAACGUUGAGACACCAAAAAGCGGAGGGCAGGGAGGCCGGACAACCGGCCGGGGGGAUGGACGGAAGCUGCUCUCCGGGAGAGCCGGGCCGGGGUCGGGCACUGGCGAGGCGGCGCCAGUGCUGGUGAUGCGGCGGGGGCAGCGUCACUGACCACAAGUACUCGGGAUUGAGCUAGACUGCAGCGCUGACCCUGCGACUGCCGGGACAGCAGCUGGAGCGUUGUGCUUCCGGCCACUUCUGGCGUAGCUCUGAGGCCGCCCGACUCUGGGCCGUUGCUGCCUGUCACUGAAACAGAGGCAGGGGCCGCUUUCGCUGGGCCAGGCUGGACUCCGUGCCGACCUGACCCAGCCUUGGGGUUCGGGUGCCCCCGGGGGGGUGCGGGCUUUUCUGAGGCCUUGCGGGGCUCUGCCCUCUGAAAGGCGGGGGGGAAGGGAGGGUCCUGGGCAGCAAAGGGUUCCAAACCCCAUUGCACCAAGGCGACCCUGCCCCUUUCUCCCCCUCUGGCCGACAUCCCCCACAAAUUUGGAAUUCCUUUUCUCUGGACUUUCUCUUUUCUGGGUCUUAGAAGGAGGAACUUUUGGCCACCACCUGUAUCACAGUGGAACUUUGGGGCUGGCUGGCUCUCUGCCUGGAUGUCUAUGUCUCUGUCUCUCUCUCUCUCUCACGCUCACUGUCUGGGUGACCAAGCAGCCUGCCACAGGACUGUCCCCACCUCCCUCCCAAGAGAAAACUCUUCCUUUGGACGAGUGCAAACCCAGAGCUCUCCGCUGUCUUCUGCAGGGCUGCAGGCCAAGAACGGUCUGGGAGAGGAAGGCGGGAAGUUUUGUUCCACUGGGGGAAUGAAAGAAAACAGAUCCUGGAACUUAGGGAGGGAAGGGCCCUUCCUCAUACUCAUGUUCAAGGAGAGUCAAAGAGCUCAGACAGAUCCACUUUUAUGGUCUUGAGCCCAAGGGCUUGAAAGAUAUCAAUCCUGGGACCAGAGGGAAUAGCCCCAGCCUGGCCCUCCUCAGUGCCACCCCACUUUAUACCAAGGCCAUGUUUUCCCUCGGGCAACGUGCUCCCACCACGGGGCAGCACUUAGCUGGGAAAAGAGAGGUGGGCUGGCAGUUCUCUUCUCUCAUAGAAAGGGUAGCAAGGAAGGGCUGAGGCAGGAGCCAUGGGCAUUUUUGUUGGCAGUGGAAGGAGAGAGGGAGUGGCAUGAAGAAAGGGGGGAUGCACCUUUCCCUGGAUUUGGUUAUCUUUCUGGGGAAACCCAGGCCCAAAGCCAGGGCUCAACUUCUUGCCCCUCACCCAUACCUUCUGGGAUCUCAGGGUGAUCUGUGUUUGCUCCCCAGCCCCCUAGCUCUGUUUCCACUCUGGGGAAGAGUUACUGGUCUCUGCCUGGGGACCCAGAAUCAGAGGCAGGAGGAAGCGGGUGAGCAGGGAAGCCAGGAGUGGUCAUUCUUGUCAAUAUGCUGUGGAAUGGGGGUCUCUUUGGAGACCCUGACUGUCCUAAUCCUCAAUUGUUCCAAAUAGAAAUCCUCGCUGACACCAAAGCAUUUGUUUCUCUCAUAAAUCCAUCUAUCCAUUCAUCCACCCAUCCAAGAUGAAACAUCCAAUAUCGUAACAAUGCCCCAGGUUACCAGAUCCCGGGCAACUACUUGUCCAAAGUUUGCUGGCCAAUCAUGGUCCAUUAGGACUGGACUUGCCAACAAUCACAGAGAAGAGUAAAGAUACUCACAUUUUUUAAAAAGUUACUAAUGAAAAAAUGCAUCCUCACAUUCAGCUGGCAGUCCCUAUUGCUCCAGUAUGAAACUCAAGGUGAUUAGAGAAUUGGAAAUGGUCCAGCUAGCCGCUCUGUCUCCAAGGAUUGAAUUAAGAUUGUCCUCAGCUCUGGUUUCUAGAGCUCUGCCCAGUCCUUAUGAUUUUUGAGAUUUGGGGGUGUUUUGUGGGGUGUGAGGCUUUCCUUGGAGCUGGAGCUGAGCUGCCUUGCUAACUAAUCACUGGGAGAGAAGACUCCUACUCUGUGCUAGCAACAAGGCCGAUGUAAUUGGAUCUGCCUUUAUAGUCAAGUGGGCAUGUCUUGGGGACUGGGAGAAUGGUGUUGUGGGGAGGCGCUCACCUCUGUCCAUUGCAAUGUACUUCUCCCUCAACCACACUUCUCCCUCUCCCCCAACUCCCAUCCUUCUCUCUGGGCUUAAACCCAUCAGGGCAAGCUGGUCGAAGGAGUAGAAAGCUGUCUCAAGAAGCCUUCCUCCUUAUGUUCUCCUGUAAGGGGUCAGGCUUCUUUAAGGUGCAAUGAGAUGUGAUUGGGGUAUGAUUGUACCCCCUAGAGCCACACAGAGUAGGUUCCAGUACUAACCUUCUUCACUGAACAGUUCCACCCAUGCCCUACCCAAGCCCAUUCCCUCUAGUGACCACUCUCUCUCUCUCUCUCGGCGUGCUGGAGGGUGGGUUGGUCAUCUUCAGGCCCCCGACCUCCCCGGGGUGGGGGGGAGUGGCUGCCUCCCCCCCAGGGCCAUCCCUGGGGCAGGGGCAGGAGCUGGGUGGGGUUUCAGAUGCAUGGCUUCCUCCACUUCUCUCUCCCCACAGCCAGGCCCGCGUAUUCUGUAGGGGGAGAGAAGAUAGAAGUCGUUGGCUAUUGCUCCUUUGACCAAACGUAACAUGGGAGGGGCUCUCCCAGACAAGAUGGGCUUGCCCUGGGGGGCAGGAAGCAGACAGAAAUCAUAGUGAGUCGAUGACAUUAAAAUAUUAAUAAGCCAAUGAUUUUAACAAUAUCAGUAAAGGAGGAAAGAGACCCCGAUCUCACAGGCUUUCUGCUCAGACCUUUUCAGGCCAGUAAGCUCUGGGCUUGCUGCCACUCGAGACAGUUCUCCCACCCAAAGAUAUCUCAGCAGCAGCAGCAGCAGCAGCAGCAGCAGCAGCAGCAGCAGUAGCAGUUUCUUGUCUUUGCCUCAGCUGCUUCCUUGUUUAAUGAGAAAAGCACUUGGUGUUUCCCUGCUGCCCCUUUUCCUUCAUCUCUCUCUCUCUCUCUCUCUUUCUCUCUCCUCCUUCCCUCCCUCCUCCACUCCCCACCUCCCACCUGGUUCUGCUGUAUCCAUGGUGGAUGUGCUCCCCCGACCCGGGAACCCCAGUGGAGUUGGGAGCCUCCAAACAGGGGAGACUUUCUCCACAGAUCUUGGGUUCUUGAGUCUGGCUCCCUUCCUCCACCUCAGCAACGGCUCCAAUGAUUGCCCUGUGGCGCCCACUGCUUCAGCCCGUCAGGCUGCCCAGUGGGGAGUGCCAUCCCUCCCACCUACAAAACUCUGCAAUACUUGAACUGAAGGCCUCGGGGAGUGGAGGGCUGGGGAGGGAGAGGAGCCUGGGUGUGUACAGACUGGUAGGUGUGUUUUAAAGACAGGACUUCAAAGAGAAUUUUUUUAAAAAAUAGAAUUUUAUGAAAAAAGCCCCUGUUCCCCAAUGUUCUUCGGGUUUCUGUGGCCAUUCUAGAGAAAUGACAAUGUUGGCAUGCUGUCCCUCCCCGGUGCUGUGUCCUGCUUUCUCUAAAUGUACUGUAUGUUUGACCUGUGAACGCUGUAAAACAUUAUGAUUCAGGUUAUGUCUGUUCUUAACUCUGUAUCCGUGUAAUAAAACAAAAUUUAAUAUCA